CCGCGACCUGCUACAGUAUCGGCUGCUGAUGGAGGGGCGCGCUCAUUGAAGUAGAGUGUAUAUAAGUCAGACGGGAGCUUUUUUGUACGAGUGACUUGUGUUCUGUUGUCGCUGGUACAUAGCUAACAUGGCCAGCGUAUUUCUCUUGGUUUUAGCGGCGAAUAUCGUGUUAAUUUGUGCGCAUGGCGAGACCGAUUCAUCUUUUGGUGCUAGCAAACCUUCCUCAGCUUCAGAGAGUUCUUCCGGUAAACAGACCGGAAGUUUAGAGUCACAAAAUGGCGGCGCCAGCGGAAGCUUUGGUCAACAAAGCGAGGGCCAGUUUGAGCUGGUCGAUUCGUCCGCCGUGGACAGUGGCGGGCAGUCGGGGAGGAAGGACGGGAGCAUCGAUAACUACAGCGCCGACGACGGUCGGGGCAACCAGUUCACGGGCUACGGCAGCUCUGGGUCGGAUAGAACUGGGAGUCCAAAGUCUGGCAACAGACGGAAGCAGUUUAGGCAAGAUUUCGGCGGGAGAGAUUCAUUGAGGUCUGGGGGCGGAGACGAAGGGUCUGUUGGUCGGGGAGGGGGCUGGGCUCGGCACAAACAACUUGAGACAGGAGGGAGGUUCAGUAACGGAAGCCCGGGGAGGGGUAGCCUGGGGGUGGAGCCAGACAGCCCGGGGAGGGGCAGUCUGGGGGUGGAGCCAGACAGCAGGUUCCUUCACAAAACCGUCGGAGGCAGGAAUCAAGGCGACUUCUCCAGGGGAAGGAACUACGGCUCUCCCAGCAGUAAUUACGAAAGUAAAGGCGACACCGGAAGUGUUAAUAUCCAAUAUGGCGGACAGGACGUGAUAUCUCAGAACCAGGGUAGCGGAAAUGCAAACUCUGGUGGGUUUUGGGGGAAAGAUAACUCUGGUGCAGACGGCUCAGCUUACAGCAGCUCUAACGACUGGAACCAAAACAGUCCAGGACAGAUUGGAACUGAAGACGGCAACAUCUACAACAACGGUUACUACAGCAGCUACACCCCCGAGCAGGCGGAUAACGGUUACAGCUCAUUCUCCACUUCUGAUGAGAACAGGGGCAGCAACUCGCAGAGUAGCGAGUUCGAAAACCGUGUGGACGGAGGGGAUUGGUCCAGCACUGGUGGGGACGAUGGUCUCUGUUCAUCAGGAGGCGAGUUCUUCCCCCACCCCACGUCAUGCAACCAGUUCUACCAGUGUGCCCACAACAAGGCCAUCUUGACCCACUGCCCCACGGGUCUGUUCUACAACCCCCUCCACAGGAUAUGUGACUGGCCCUCCAACGUCGACUGUCAGUCAGACAAUGAACCUGCUCUUUCGUACACAAACGAGUUGCCCGCCAUCUCCAGACAACCACGUGACAAGAUCUCACAAUCCGCUUCCGGUCAGAUGUUAGCUGAGCUCAAGUCCAAAAGUAGCAGCUCCAAAUCUAAAAGCUCCAGCAAAAGUUCCAGCAAGAGUUCCGGCAAAAGUUCCGGCAGUUCCGGCAGCUCGAGCCGGAGGCCCAGCUACUCGGACUACAACUACGACAGCAGCGAGGAGGACGACAAGAACAGCUACAUCGACGACAGCAACGACUACAGCAUCAGCCGCAGUUCUAGGGACGUCGAUGAUUGGUCGUACAGCGCGCCUGCGCAGAGAAGCCAGCCGGUGGUUUGUGGCCAGGGGGUGAAGUUCAUCAGACACCCCAGCGACUGCUCCAAGUUCUACCAGUGCGCCCACUACAAGCCCUUCCUCAUCUCCUGCCCCCCGGGCCUCAAGUUCAACAAGGACUACGACAUCUGCGACUGGCCGUCCAACGUCGACUGCAGCUCCAGUUAUGAGGGUCUGUCCCGGCGGUCAACUGGCACUUCCGGUGACCCCGGCUUCCAGGACAGCUGGUCCCAGAGUAGCCCUCAGUCCUCGUACAGCCAGGGAACUGGUUCCUCGUACGACGGCUCCAGCUCCAUGUCCAAUGGGGGAACCGGUUCCUCGUCAUCCUACGACAGCUCCAACAGCCAACCGACCUACAGCCAGCCACAGCAGCCGACCUACAGCGACCAGACCCAGUACAACAGCAACUCUGGCACCUCCCAGUACAGCAGCGGCUCGACAUCAGGCGACUCCAGCAGCAACCAGCCUAGCUACAGCGGCAACUCUGGCACCUCACAGUACAGCCAACAGCCCUCGUACAGCGGACAGUACAGCAACCAACAGCCGGUCUACACCCAGGGCAACAUGCAGCGGUCUGGAAGCUUCCAGCAAGUGGGAUACAACCAACAGCCCAUGUACGGGCAGCAGUCCUCCAUGGCUUCCAUCUUCCCAAUGAGCCCCUUCCAAUUUCCCAUGAUGCCCAUCAUCCAUCCACCCAUCUUCCAACCAAUCAUUCCCUACCCUCCCCGUGGCUACGCCACGACUAACUACCAAGCCUCCAAGCCCACCUACCAAUCAAGUCCUGACGUCGCCGACUACGACGCCGACAACACAGUGCUACACAAGCCCAACGUCGACAGCAACAGAGACAACAACGUCGACAGCAACGUCGACAGCAACAGAGGCUUCGACUACGACACCAACAAAGACAACCAGCAGUCCUUCUACCAACAAAGCGGCUUUAACAGCGGCGACUUCCAGGCCUCAGACGAUCAGUCGUCUGCUUCCAAUGGUCAGCACUUUGUUGGUCAGCAGCCGACCAAACUCUUUGUACCGAUGAAAAGAUACCUCAGACGUCAGAAGAACAUCAACAACAACAACGUCAACAAAGAUGGCGGCGACAACGGCAUCUACCACUACGACUACGAUUUCUUCAGCAACUUUGGCAACAACAAACAGUCGACGGGUAGAACCAAGGGGGACGACGGCGACAGAGCCAUCUACUACUACGACUACAGCACGAACAAGGGCGGCAAUAAAGCGGGCAACAGGCAGAACGAUUACUACAAUUUCUACGAUUACAAUGCUGGUAACAACUACAACUACUACGAUGACUUGAACUACGAUGACGGCAAUAGAGCACAAAGUAACAAAGGAUUUGGAGGGUACAUCAACAAAAACAAACUCAAGAGCGGGGCCCUGACAAAUCCUCAGUACUUCGGUAACGCCUUCAAGGGAUUCUCCAACAACAAACACCUGAAGAGAUCUCUGCAGCAACUAAAUGAUGCAGGGGACGUAGAGUACGUCCACUUCGACCACACUGGACAUGGUUAUGGGACCGGCACCAAGGGGUCAAGUCAGGGGGGUCUGGGGGGUCUGGGGGGUCUGGGAGACAUCAGCUCCCUGCUGCCCCUCCUGCUGUUGGGCGGCUCCCAGAACGGACAGCAGCUGUUUACGUUGUCACUACUGCUGCCUAAACUCAAGGGGCUGACAGGCGGACUCGGUCUCGGUGGAAAAGGAGGCGGCUUGUUCAGCUCUAAAGGUUCCAGUUCUAAGGGCGGCAGUGACGGCGGUCUCCUACAGACUCUACUUCUGCUGAGGUUGUUGUCUGGCACCGGUCAGACAACAACGGUCACCCAGCCGGCCAACCUACGGUUCCAGAACGGUCAGUUCACAGCCUUGUCCACCGGUGCCGCGGUCACCAGCUUCAUCGACCCGACCACCAACCUACCGGUACUUGUCGCUAAUCUGGCCGUAGACCCCAUCUCAGGUGCCGUGUACGACACCACCACCAACCGAGUCGUCAUCUUCACAGACCCUGGCAGCAACACGCAGGUGCAGGCAUUUGUGGCACCAACAACUGCGACAGUGACUGGCCGGAGCCUGUUGAGAAGUCCACUGGCAGUUCCACCUGUCAACAACAGGGUCCUGUCAGUGAUACCACCUGCGACCGUCGAGCCCACACCUGGGCCGGCAACUGGACGUGACGCCAUCAAUCUGAUCUUCUUGUCUCCCCUGACUCCCUCCUCCGUCCUGCCCACAAUUCCCGGCACCGACGGAAGUGUCAACACCAUUCGGGGCUCGCUCAGGGAUAUUUUAGGCGACGAUCUGACGCGUCUCCUUAGCAACGCCCAGCUUGUACCUGGCCAAUCAGCACCCAACGCGCUGGCCAGCGGUCAGAAAACCUGUACGGUGAUACGCAGCGGGGAGACCGUGCCGUUCCGCGUGAACCCGAGAGGGGGGCGUCGCCUGACGACGGAGGAGUGUGACGCCAUGGGCAAGCUGCUGGACAAGUUCAUCCCCACCUUCCUGCAGAACUUCGUCCCCAGCGACGCCGCCUUCGAGGGUUUCGGCAGCAACCGCAACACCCACGCCGGCGCCAACAUCAACGACAUCUUCGGCACGCCACUCAACACCAACGGCAACGCCGGACCCAGCGCCACCAACAUCAACCAGUUCAUCAACAUCAGGAACGAUCGAGACGGCUGCACCAUCGCGGUCCCCAACAUCGUUCCCCAGUGUUAGCACCCCCACCCCCAAUUUUAGCACCCCCACCCCAGUGUU